AUGGAUCAAAAGGGGGAGAGGAGAGAGCAGCGCCUUCCGCCGGACUACGUCUCGUUAGCGCAGCUUCGAGAGAGAUGGCUUCAAAAACGACGAGAAGAGGAGAUGAGAGAUAAACAGAAAGAAGUGGAGAUGAUAGAGAAAAACGAGUAUCAGAAGUCGAAAAGAAAUUGGCCUGAAAAAGUAGCCGACGGCCGACGACGACGGGAGACCAACGGCGGCCGGGAGAGGGGAUGGGCGGUUGUUGACAAAGGAAAGGGGGAUGAGAUGCCGAUGGGCGGUUCGGAAACAAAGACGUAUCAGAGGAAGAACAAGAAGAAGAAUAGAUACGGUAGAAUGGAGAAAUCUGAAAAGGAGAGUGAAGUUGAGCAGGAAAAGCUCCAGAUUGACACUAAUAGUGAUGUCAGUGGUGGGAUUAAAGAGGUUUUGAGUGGGAAAAACAGAGGAAAUACAACUGAAUUUAGAGGGGGGCUCACGAGAAACGGCGAAAAUUGGGAGAAUGGAGUUGGGUUUGAUCAGCUGAAGGAGGGAGCUGAAGUGGAACUCUCUACAAAAAAGAAGAUGGUUGAGAAAAAGGAUUACAGUAGGAAUCGGGGAGAGAGAAGGAGUAAUCGUAAUUAUAGGUCGAUGAAGAACGACGCUGAUGUUUCGGAAGGUAAUGUGGUGGAAAAAGAGUCCAUGGAUAGCACCCGGGAUAAGAAUUUGGAGGUUUACAGUGCAACGGGAAGACUCAAUGGAGAUCAUAGAGUUGAAGAUGAAGGCUUAAAUGGUGAUCAAAAGGCGGAAGAGUUUGUUUUAGACGUGGAGAACUUGAAAAUUGAAGGAGAAUUAGGAAAUGGGUAUAAUAGGAGAUAUUGGAAUCAGAAGGGCAACCAUGGAAGAAAGUUUAGAGGUAGUUUUGAUUCUAAUGAUAGAAACAGGAAAGCUGGUGAUGUUAGGAGAUAUGGGAGGUUUGAAGGGCAUCGGGCGAUGACAGAGCGAGAGAUGAUCGGAAAGAUGUGGGUGAGAAAGGAGGUCCGAUUGGCAGCUGAUGAUGGUGCUCAUCGAGUUGUCUUGUUUGGAACUCCGGAGGAUCAAGAGUAA